AUGGUAACUGGGUUUUCUCAGAACUUAAGGUUCUCGGAGAGUUUCAAGGCCUUUUCCAGGAUGAGAAGUGUUGGGGAGAGCCCGACCCAGUUUGCAUUUGCAAGUAUCAUUAGAGCUUGUGUGGUUCUUGGGUCGGUUGAGGUUGGGAGGCAGCUGCAUUCUUUUGCUUUGAAAUUGGGCUUGGCUUGUGAGCUGUUUGUGGGUAGUAACUUGGUGGAUAUGUAUUUGAAAUGUGGGUUCAUGGUUGAUGCUUGUAAGGUUUUCGAGGAAAUACCGAGUAAGGAUGCUGCGUCAUGGACUUCGAUGAUUGAUGGGUAUACAAAGAGUGGAGAUUUGAGGCAGCUUUAUGGAACUUGUCAGUUUGGCAUUGGAAGUAGAAAUAUUGUGUCGUAUUCCUCUCCCAUCAAUGGUUAUGUCAAGAUUGAUGAAAUCAAGAAGGCUUUUAGUGUGUCUGUUGACUUACAGAGGGGGGUGGGAGUUGAGCCUAAUCAGUUCACUUUUUCUAACUUGGUCAAGGCUUGUACCAGCCAAGCUGCACUUGAACAAGGGAUCCAACUUCAUGCUAAGGUGGUCAAGUUUAAUUUUGAUAGAGACAAUUUUGUGCCUUCUGUUCUUGUUGAUAUGUAUGGUAAAUGUGGGUUACUUAAUCAUUCAAUACAAGUGUUUGACGAGGUAGCCACCCCGACUCAAGUAGCAUGGAAUUCAUUGCUAAGUGCAUUUGCAGUUCAUGGCUUAGGAAAUGACGUCUUGAAAACUUUUAGUAGAAUGGUCCAGGCAAGAGUGAAACCAAAUGCAAUAACAUUUAUCAGUCUUUUAACAGGGUGUAGCCAUUCCGGAUUGGUAGAGGAAAGUUUAAAGUACUUUUACUCUAUGGAGAAAACAUAUGGAAUAGUACCUAGAGCUGGACAUUACUCUUGCAUUAUUGGUUUACUUGGCGGGGCAAAAAGGCUUGAAAAGGCUGAAGAUUUUAUUAACAGCAUGCGAAUGCAGCCAAAUACUUUUGGGUGGUUCUUGCACCAUUCAUGGUGA